CAAACAAACAGAGUCACACAAAGAUCGACAAGACAUACAAGGUCUGUCAUGCAUUGCAUCUGAUCCCUGAACACAUGCAUGCCAGGUAGAACAAGAGAUGUCGACUGACCGACGCUGCCUGUCAAGUACAACACUAAAACCACACUAACCGGCAGGUUGAACAAAUCCCAAAUGUACUGACCCACCCCUAGCGACAGCCAGCAAUGGCCAGCAGCACAGUUGAGAGCCAUGCAGGCAGGCAGGCAGGCACAUCAGAUCUGUCUCACUUCGUGCAGGGAGGAAGUCGCCCGUCGAGGCAGCACUUCGUUCACCAAACCAAAACACACAAACACACACACAGACAAAGCAGCCGAGAGACAUGCACAGCAAACAAGACGACAGGCUGUCAUCUCCACACCACCGAGACAGCCAUCCCCAGCGCCAAGGCUGCAGCAGUCCGAGCAACUUCUGCCCCCCUCCUGGCGGCUCGCCCCGUCGUGUCUCCCCCGCCCCAGUCAACCUUAUCGUCGCCCCCCCCCGAUGGCUUCGGUGUCGUCGACACUUCACACUCGUUGCCAAUGCACACCCCCGGGCCGCCUGGGUCGAUAAUGCCAUCGUCAGGAGGGGCUAUGGUGGGUGGCGGGGUGGGGAGGUCUGCUGGCGGGUCGACCCCUUCCAGAAAGACAGGGCAGUCUUCCCAGGGGUCAGUUGGGGCGUCUGCGGCGCUGCUGACGACACGGAUGAGGACAACAGCUCGUGCUUCCUCGUUAGCAGUGCCGCCAAUGGCCUUCACCGUGUACACCUUGCAGUCUGAAAAGACGAGAGCAGUAGGAAGUCAAGGAAGGCACACGAGCGAGACACGAAGUCUGUGCCCAGUGAGCCGACCGCUCUGUGCUGUGGGGACGCCCCUCACAAUGCCGGUCUCUGGCUCUAUCCACAUGCCGUCGGGAAGGUUCACAACGCGCGCAUAGGAGCUCACGGGACCCUGAAUGGUCGGUGACAACUCAUAGUAUUUGCCAACUGCAUGAGUGAGUGAGACACACAAAGAAAGUGCCGGCAGGACACGAGAUGGCGUCUGUCUUUGUGUGUAGGAUGAAAUGCUGACCGAGGAGAGUGACAUCCUGCGGGUCAUAGAAGUAGCCAUUGGGUACCUGCUCCCUCACGGAGUGCUGGUCAAGCAGCUCACAGUGUUUUCCGAUGAACCCCGGAGGGCACACGCAGCGGUUGUACUUCCACACGCCUCCCUGUUCACACGGCGAGCCGAAGCAGACGGUGUUGAUCCUGGGGCACUGCAGGCUCCCACUCAUGUUCGGCACGGUCUUCUGCACGCCGGCCUCAGACGCGGUGCAUGUGACAACAUAUUGGAGAACUCCGUUGUUCACUGUGAUUUCCACUGCGCCGUACACGGGCGUUCCGUCGGCAAGUGUGCCGCUCUGGAUGCACUUGCGGGGGAAACACUGGCCUGCGCAGACAUGCUCAAGACAUGGGUUCACAUGGAGAAAUGAGUGGGUGUCUUGUCGCAUGUGUUGUCUUGUCGCAUGUGGAGACGUACCCCUGAGCAUCGGCGAGGGCUCGCCGACAAACUGGAAUCCCGUGCGGAUCAAAUCGCUGUGGAAACACCUCGAAGUCGGGCUAUGUGCUUGGCCUUCCUGGGCCCACUCGGCAAGGAAGCUGGCUUCGUCGGUGCAGUGGCCAUCACUAUACGCCUCCCUGGCCGGACAAUAGUCCAUGAAGAUUCCAGAGCCCCCCACAGUCGGAUCGCUAAAAUACGAGAAGGCCUCUGGCAAUGGCCCGCUCGCAACGCCGAUUGUGCAAUACCCUCUUGCCAUCCUGUUCUGCGUGCACAGGGAGAGGUCUCUUGCAAGGCACCAGGGGGAUGUGGAUGUGGUAGACUCGAUCUCCGCCUGCUGCGAGGCCGAGACACAUGGGCCGCUAACGAAUUUGCAGCCGUCGCCGGUGAACUCGUCGCGACCCCUGACAAGACAUGGAUAGGUGGAUAUGCGGAGACACAUGCGUUGUGAGCCGUUCUGUGAGUACCACAUCAUUUCGCCCGCAGUGCUAAAGUCACUUCUGUACCUACAUUUGCCGAUAGUCGUGGGCGACAAGAAUGUGUGUCUCAAAGGUGUAUUCGCCGCUCGCUCACCAGCCGCUGUCGUGAAAGUAUGCGAGAGUGAGGGGGCUGAGCACAGGAUACUCUGAAGUAACCGGUGACAUGACCUCAAAGGGGCCGAGACGCCUCUCCCAAUGCUGAUACUUUGAACCUUGACCAACACGCACCCACACACACCAACAAGUCAACACACGUGCAGACCGCUGUCAGCCUCCAAGAAGCUGUACCUUGCUCGCCUUCGUUCUCCAGGUAAACACCGUCGAGCGUGUCGCACCCAAAGUACUUUCGCGCCUUCUCAACCACCUUGGGCGUCUUCAGUUUGGCAUUCGUAAUGCCCUUACUCGUCUCUAGCACAAGCACAGAGUCAGGGGCCUGGUAGCGCAGGUUUUCAUCCGAGGAUCUCGGAGGCCUAGCAGACGAAAGAUUGAAAGGCUGGAGUGCGAAGGAAACAGGACAGGCCAUGUGUCUCGCAUACCGGCCAUUUGACUCUCUCGGGCUGAGUGGCGUGCCAUCCUGGGCACGAAAGAAGGCCACGUCGACGCCGCUCCAGCCGAGGCUGUGGUAUAUCUCGUGUAGGAUGAAGCCAACCUCCUCCCUCCAUAGAAAGGGGUCGUUGUUGCCGUUUAUGCGGCUCGGGCAGAUGUUGAUGUAUCCUGCUACCGGGCGAUCGAACUGGUCCCGCAUGCACGCACCGGCAUAGCCGACUGUGCCGAACCCACACACUUGUGUGUCCUUGGCCGUGGCAUAGAGCACGAAAUCGGUUUGUUUCAGACCGGUGCCCGCUGCGAUGACUUGACACUGCGAAGGCGUGAUGGGGCACCGGAAUGUCUUGCUGAGCAAGAGACACAUGGGGGACAGAGAGACAUGAGCCCCCACAAAUCGCCCGGUUCCCGAUUGAGUCCUCUCUCGCCUCACUUACCCAAAGUGGUCCUCCGGUAUUCCAGUCUUCUCCCCACAUGUGUUGUAGUUGAGGGAAAUGGUCUGGCACAGGUCAGGGUCGGACGGAUCAGCCCCUUCAACUGAACUCCACCGGAACCCACACGCCCGGGGAAGCAAAAGGUUCCCCUCGACAGGGAUGACUCUCAGUGACCGCUUCACGAUGUUCACGGCGGCCGGCAACAGGUCAUUCACCGCAUAGUCCAGCAGUGCAGGGGAAAAGGCGUAGUCAUCACGCAAUUCGGAGUCAUCAACUAAGACGCGGAUGGGCUCGAACUGCGAUGAGGCGAUCUGCAGCCGCCUCCCGGUCCUGUAGUGGGGAUGGCCUUGGGGGUAAGCAACGCUGCCGAACUUGGUGUCGUCCCAGUCCUUUUGCAGACGCUCCUUCUCGUGGGCCUGAUGAGAAGAAAACACAAACAACCACAUACAAGCACAAGAGGUAGAUGACCCGCGGGCAUCGUGAUCGAUGUAUGGAUAGGCGUGUACGUGCAGCCUUCGCCGUGAGGGCGGUGUUGGCAAUGGAAAGGCGCUGCCCGUGUUGGUUUGGUGAGGGAAGCCGUGAUGGUCAUGACUAUGGAGAUCGUCACAUUGUAUGAGCCUCAGCGGUGCCAAGAAUGUGAAGAUGAAGAAGAGGGGCGCCUGCAUGGCAAGUCG